AUGCUUCACCUCCACCGUGCCCUGCGGGGGCCACGGGUGGCUGCUGCAAUGUGUGUGUGUGGGGGGGGGCUGUAUUACAAUUACACAACAUGCAUGCUUUCAUUUGUUCAUGGGGGACGUGUGGACGCCCCUGCUUUACAUAUUUAUCUGAUAAAAACUUUUUUUAUCUCAUAAUGAUGAUUUUUUUAUCCCAUAAUGAUGACUUUUUAUCUCAUAAUAAUGACUUUUUAUCCAAUAAUGAUGACUUUUUAUCCCAUGAUGAUGACUUUUUAUCUCAUAAUGACUUUUUAUCUCAUAGUAAUGAUUUUUAACCCAUAAUGAUGACUUUUUAUCCCAUAGUAAUGACUUUUUAUCCCAUAAUGAUGACUUUUUAUCUCAUAAUGAUGACUUUUUAUCUCUUAAUAAUGACUUUUUAUCCCAUAAUGAUGAUUUGUAUCUCAUAAUGAUGACUUUUAUCCCAUAAUGAUGACUUUUAUCUCAUAACAAUGACUUUUUAUCAGAUAAUAAUGACUUUUUAUCUCAUAAUAAUGACUUUUUAUCUCAUAACAAUGACUUUUUAUCAGAUAAUGACUUUUUAUCCCAUAAUGAUGACUUUUUAUCCCACAAUUAUGACUUUUUAUCCCAUAACAAUGACUUUUAUCUCAUAACGAUGGCUUUUUAUCCCACAAUGAUGAAUUUUUAUCCCAUAAUAAUGACUUUUUAUCUCAUAACAAUGACUUUUUAUCAGAUAAUGAUGACUUUUACCUCAUAACAAUGACUUUUUAUCCCAUAACGAUGACUUUUUAUCUCAUAAUAAUGAUUUUUUAUCCCAUAAUGAUGACUUUUUAUCAGAUAAUGACUUUUAUCCCAUAAUGAUGACUUAUUUUUCAUGUCUAAAGUUUGUCCAGCGGUGCUCUCCAAGGGCAGUGAUGCCUUCGGGUAGUUUCAGUGUCAGGUACUUCCUGUGUGUAAUGAUGCGGUUUACACUAAGAGGAAGUGAAUGAUUAAUCCCUCGAUGCUUCAUAGCCUUGUAGAACAUGAGCAGGCAAACAUGAGUUUGACCUUUUUGACCUUGCCUCCUAAUGGCUGCUGUAAUGAGUGUAAGCGAAUAUAAACGUGGCGACACAAUCCUUCACGGACAGCGAAGAAAGGCUAGCUAACCGCUAAUCAUCCUGAAUGGAAGUCCAAGACAUCAGCAACGGCAUUCAGCUGUCUGACUACAGAGCCAGCGUCCCGCCAUCGCUAUCAGAUUACUACGGCGGCCAUGACGCAUCACCUGGCUAUCAGUACGCCACCAUGGAUGCUCCUCCAAACUAUGACUUCUACGCCAACACGCAAAUAUCCGGGCGGAAAAGGCGCAUCCGCCCGUCUCUUUACCAGCUGCAUGCCAACCAAGAGGAUAACUCCGCACCUCCAUUGUACGAGGAGACCACAGCUGGACACAUGGAAGGUGACAGCUCUGAGGAUGAGGAGCAAAAGGAGCCACCAGUGGAGCCUAUCAGGUUUGGCUGGGUGCAAGGAGUCAUGAUCCGUUGCAUGUUAAACAUUUGGGGGGUGAUCUUGUACCUGAGGCUGCCAUGGAUUACUGCCCAGGCUGGGAUAGGUCUGACCUGGGUGAUCGUGCUGCUGUCCUCGUGUAUUACUGGCAUCACCGGUCUCUCCACUUCCGCCAUCGCUACCAACGGCAAAGUCAAAGGAGGUGGGACCUACUUUCUCAUUAGUCGGAGCCUCGGCCCGGAACUGGGCGGGUCCAUCGGGCUGAUCUUUGCCUUCGCCAACGCCGUGGCCGUGGCCAUGCACACCGUCGGCUUCGCUGAGACCGUUACGGACCUCAUGCACGAAAAUGGCAGCGUGAUGGUGAACCCCAUCAACGACAUCCGCAUCAUCGGCGUCAUCACCGCCACGUGUCUUCUCGGCAUCUCCUUGGCCGGCAUGGCGUGGGAGUCCAAGGCCCAGAUUAUCUUUUUCCUGGUCAUCCUGGUGUCCUUUGCCAGUUACGUGGUGGGAACCCUCCUCCCCGCAUCGCCGCAUAAACAGGCCAAGGGAUUUUUCAGCUACCAAGCGGACAUAUUUGCCGCCAAUUUUGUGCCGAGCUGGCGGGGGUCGGAGGGGAGCUUCUUUGGCAUGUUCUCCAUCUUCUUUCCCUCGGCUACCGGCAUCCUGGCAGGAGCCAACAUCUCUGGAGAUCUGAAGGACCCAACAGUGGCGAUCCCCAGAGGAACACUGAUGGCAAUAUUGUGGACCACCUUGUCCUACAUCAUCAUCUCUGCUACCAUCGGAUCCUGUGUGGUGCGCGACGCAUCUGGACUCUUAAACGACACCUUGUCCUCCUCCUCCGCCAGGAAUUGUGUUGGCUUAGCUUGUCGGCACGGCUGGGACUUCACCGACUGCAUCGACAACAACACGUGUGCCUUUGGCAUCAGCAACUACUACCAGUCAAUGAGCAUGGUAUCAGCUUUUUCUCCUCUCAUCACCGCGGGUAUCUUUGGUGCGACGCUCUCUUCUGCUUUGGCCUGCCUGGUAUCGGCUCCCAAAGUAUUCCAGUGUCUGUGCCAGGACCACCUGUACCCUCUGAUUGGCUUCUUUGGUAAAGGCUAUGGAAAAAACCAGGAACCUCUUCCAGGAUACCUGCUGACGUACGUCAUCGCCGUUUGCUUCAUUCUCAUUGCCGAGUUGAACACCAUCGCUCCCAUCAUCUCCAACUUCUUCCUGUGUUCCUACUGUCUCAUCAACUUCAGCUGCUUCCACGCCUCCAUCACCAACUCACCCGGCUGGCGUCCAUCUUUCAGGUUCUACAACAAAUGGCUGUCCUUGCUGUGCGCCGUGUGUUGCCUGGUGAUCAUGUUCUUGCUGACUUGGUGGGCCGCCCUCAUCGCCUUUGGUGUCGUUCUGCUCCUCCUGGGCUAUACGCUCUACAAGAAGCCCGCGGUGAACUGGGGCUCCUCGGUGCAGGCGGGGUCCUACAGCUUUGCACUAAGCCAGAGUCUGGCUCUUAACCAAGUGGAGGAGCACGUGAAGAACUACAGACCACAGUGUUUGGUGCUGACGGGUCCUCCCAGCAGUCGACCAGCUCUGGUAGACCUGGUCAGCGCGUUGACGAAGGACCUGAGUCUCAUGAUGUGUGGCCACGUGUUGACCCAGAAACAUCUCCCUCCACCGCAGCAACGAGCCAGCAGUGACGGACACAACUUGUGGCUGAAGCAAAGAAAGGUGAAGUCCUUCUACAAACACGUGUUGUCUGCAGAUCUACGCUCAGGAGUCAACAUGCUGCUGCAGGGUGCAGGUUUGGGUAGGAUCCGACCCAACGUCCUGCUCAUGGGUUUCAAGGCAGACUGGAGGAGAGACUGGCCCCAGGCCGCCCACACCUAUGUGGGAAUAUUGCAGGAUGCCUUUGACCUUCAGUAUGGCGUGUGUGUACUGAGGAUGGGAGAGAGACUGGAUGGUCCACAUCUGUAUCGGUCACAUGUCAAUGCCGGCUUCGACGGAGGAGCAGAGAGUGUAAAGUCCACAGGGAACCCUUCCGGGGUACACAGCAUUACUACAUCUACGAUGAAGGCGGAGCCUGCGCCUCAAGUCAGUUCAGCGUUUGGGAGAAAGCAAGGAGAGAAGACCAUCGACGUGUACUGGCUGUCUGACGACGGAGGCCUCACCCUGCUGCUUCCAUACCUGCUGACUCGGAGGAAGCGUUGGGCCAAAUGCAAGCUUCGGGUGUUUGUGGGCGGGGACAAUUCCAACAAAGAGGAGAGGAGGGAGGAGGUUUCCAGAUUAAUCAAGAAGUUCCGCCUUGGUAUCCAUGAUGUUCAAGUACUUCCUGAUCUCCAUCAAAAACCUCAAAACCUUCAUCAGUUUGAGAACAUGCUGAGUUCCUUCAGGCAGGAUCCAAAUCCCAAGCAGGAAUGUCCUUCUGAUCCAUCAACAACACAGGAGGAGCCUUGGGGGAUCACUGAUGAAGAUCUGGAGAGGAACAGUGUCAAGACUUCCCGUCAGCUCCGUGUGAACGAGCUUGUUCAGGAUUAUUCCAGGGAAGCCGCACUGGUUGUUAUCACCAUGCCGGUGAGGAGGAGAGGGGCGUGCCCCAGCGCCCUCUACCUGGCGUGGCUGGAAGCCCUGUCACAUGACUUGAGGCCUCCGGUCCUAUUGGUCAGAGGAAACCAGGAAAAUGUCCUCACCUUCUACUGCCAGUGAAAAGUCCUACUUCGGACCCAUGACAACAUCUCAUAGAAUAAUUUCUACAUCGUAAUUGCAAUGCUGUAAUAAUGAGAUGCUAAUGUUAAAAGCUAACAUGCUAACAACUAAAACAUGCUAACAACUAAAACAACAGAUUGAAAUGUUGAUGUACGUUUCGGCUGAAAUACCACCAGUGUCAAUACAAACGUUUCUAAAAACGUUACAAUGCUAAUGUUAUCAAGCUAACAAUGCUAGCGUUAACUAUUUGUGAAUGAGGAAAAAUGGAACUUAAUUGUUCACGCUGAAUUGCCCUACCCGGCCAGAUUGAAUUAAAUCACAUACCUCAUCUUUUUUAUCAAAUUGCUAACACUGUUGACUUUAUUUGACCCCAUGGCGGGUUAUUUAGAAGUUACACUCAAUAAAAAAUGCA